AUGGCGUACGUCGGGGGUACACAGCGCGUAGACAAGCUCUUUGGCGAGCAGGCGCAGUCGCUCCGACCCAAGCCGCUGCGGCCCUCCACCGAGGCGCGUCUCGUGGAGCUCAUGGAGAAGCGAUCGUCCGACUUUGUCAAGCUCAUGCUCGAUGGACCGUCGACCCUCCAGUUUGUGCGCGAGAAGCGAGGCGUCGCACUCCUCGAAGGACACAACCACAAGAGGCAGUACAUGGUCAAGGCGACGACGACAGUGCAGGGCUCCGUCGAGGACAUUCUCCUCUCGUUCCAGAUGAACAACACGUGGGACUUUGACACGACGAUGCACAAGUUCUUCGACUUGUACGCGAACAAGGGCGCGACGCUCUCGACGGUCGCGUCGCAGCCCAUCGCGGUGCACUGGAUGUCGCUCAACACGGACAAGAUCGAGUCCCGCGACUUUGUGUUUGCUUCACACGCGCGCUUUUACGAGCACACGGACGCCGGGCUCUGCCUCCUACCGUUCACGUCGCGCUCGGACGCAACGUCCGGGUCGCUUGUCUGGGAGUCGGUGGACCUCGCCAAGGAAAUCCCGCUUCUGCGCCAGACCACGACGGGCUGCACCCGCUACUACUUUCGCCACGCUGGCUUUUACGUCGAAACGACGAGUGAAGAAGACACGUGCCGUGUGUCCUUUGCCCUCUCGUUGGACAACGACGCGGGCUCCGUCGGCGGCUCCAAGUGGAUGCACAACCUCGCACUGAGUCUCGAGAACCUCGCGCGCGCGCUUCGGCGCAUUGAGCUCGUCCCCAAGGAGAAAUGGCACCACCGCGAACACUGCACGCUGUGCAAGAAGUCGUUCCGCGCGUUCCGCCGGCGCCACCACUGCCGGCUCUGCGGCGAGUCCAUUUGCGGCGACUGCUCCAAGACGAUGCAGCUGGACACGCCCGUGAUUGACCACGGCCAGCGCCUGUCUCCGGUGUUUCGACGCGUGUGGCCGCUCGUCGUCCGACCGACAGUCUCGGUCGAGCACCGCGUCGUUCGAGUACACGCGCAGCUUUGACGAGCCGCGGGCGCACCAAAGCACAUCAUCGCUGAACCUCACCAAGAGCUUCGCGUCACCCAAUGACAGCUUUGAUGAAUCAAUGAAACCACGUCGCCAACGACUGCCGUCGUCGUCGCAGGCGUCGGUUGUCUCGGCAAGCGAGAUCUCGGCGCUGGACGAGCUGCUUGGCGCGUCGCUGCGGUCCGUCGACUCGUCGGCACGGUUGUUGCAGACAAAAGGAUCGUUUGUAAACCUGCACCCGUUCAACACCCCGACGCCACCUGUCGCAGAGACCGACCGCGAGAGUCUCAACAGCCUCGACGAUCGGUCAUCGUCUUGCUCGGAGGUCUACGUGCUCGACGGCGAAAACGGGUUCGACAUUAGCGCCAAGCGACCCGCGUCGCCGCCAUCAGCUGGCGACGUCCCCGUGCAGCCCCAACCCGAGCCGCUGGGCUUUGUGGUGUUUGACGGCACCAAGAAGCAGCCGUCCGAGCCGGCCCUUGUCUUUGAUAUGAUCAAGCUCCAGAUGUAGUCGUACCCACUCACUCUUGCCAUCGAUGGAAGGUGGCUCGUACCACCGGUGAAGCAGAACGGCCGGUAUUAUUAUAAGUACUAGAAAUUAAACUGUCGUCGUUUGGAG